AUGAGCUUCUCUUAAUUUCAUCUCUCUCAGCUUCUCAGGGCUUUUAUCCUCUUAUAAAGGAUUCCAGUAGGAAGAUUAAGACCCACCGCAAAUGAGGUGGGUCACAUCUCAGUUGAAAUAACGUAAUCAAGAAGUCCCACCCACCACAGGUCUGCACCCACAGGAAUAGAUUAAAAGAACAUGGCCUUUUUCUGGGGCACAUAACAGCUUCAAGCCACCACACCAUCUAUCUUCAGGAGUUUUUCAAGUGGUUAUAUUAUUUGAUUUUAGUGCUACAAUAAAAUAAUUUUGGCCUUUUUUCUUAAGCAAAGAAAUUGCUUUUCAGGAUUUAUCAGAAAAGGCUUAGAUUAAGCCUUAAGCAGACUGAACUUUGAGCAAAGUUUAAAAUUAAUCAUGGUGUCCUCAAUUUGAAUUUGUACUCCAUAAAAAAUUGGGCACUAGUGUCAUUCUUUAAUUUAGGAAGAUUUGAGAAUAGUUAAUAACACUUUGUGGAGGUUAAUAUAUUAUUGAAAGUAGUAAUUUUAACAGUUUUGAGCUCAUUUUCCAAGACAUCAUAGAAAUAAUUUUCAAUAGACAUCAGUCUUUAUUUCUUAGGAAAUUAUAGUGAUUAAAUUAACUGCAGGCAGCCUCUCCUAUUGUUAUUUGAUUAGAAUAGGAGUCUGCUGAGAAUUAGAGGGGAGAAAUGAACGAUAUAUGUUCUAUUAAAGACGUCAUAGCUGAAACAUUUCUCACCCCUCUGUCUGUCUUGACAGAAGUUAUAUAUUCAAGGCAUAAUGAUUAAAUACAGCUUCCUUUAAUGGAUUUGGCCUAGAAAAUGAAUUUAUAUGAAGAAAAAGAAUAAUGCUUUUCUUACGAUUAAAGCAUAGUUUUCUGUUUAAAGGGGAGUUUAUGCCAUUUCAAAAGAAAUUAAUGUCACACUCACAGAACUCUGUGAAGGUUGAAAGGAAAAUUCUGUUCCUUCUUUGGGUAUUUUCAGGAUUUUAUCUCUGCUUCUUUAUGAAACUGAACACUGGACAAGGACAAUAAUAUCACACUCAUUAUUCAGACAUUUUAAAUUAGCUCUUUUACUUGGAAAUGAGAUACUCAAAUCAGUAAGUGUUAGGAAAAUUGUGCAUGGGUGAAGGAGUAAGUGGAGCUUGAUCUGUCAUCUCAGCUUCCAGCUUUCUGGAGGCAGUAAGAGGUUUACCCUAUUUCUUAAAAAUCUUUCCAAACCUGAAAUGAUUUAGGUAGUAUCUGGGUCUGAAUACCACCCAGAUAAGCCAUUGCUGUCACCCUUUCCUGGACAUGGGUGGUGUUGCUUUUUAAAUGUCAGUAUUGCUACCAACACUGUCUGGUUUAUACCCACUCAGAACCCUCAACCUGUAGAAUGGGAGAAACUGUUUGCGCUCUUCCUGGCUGGAAUGUCCGCUUAGAGAUUCAUAUCACUGGCUGUGACUCAAGUUACAUUCACUGAUACCCCCAAAAUUUCUCUCCUUGACUCUAAACUCAACAGCACUGGGACUGUGAGGCCCAGGGGCAGAAAGACAAUGAGAAAAACCACCUAAUUUAAUGUGCUAAGAAAUUCUUGUAAAAAUGCAGAUUGUUAGAUCAUGAAACAAUGCUGUCAUUUUCACCUCAUUGGGAAGUAGAAGGAAGUGACAUAAAGUCUUGAUCUGGCAAGAAAGGAAGAGCUGGGGCAAACUAAUUGCACCAAUGCAGAAGCCAAUUUCUUGAUAUUCAAUACAGUGAAUAAUUAUUUAUUUUUAUAUUUGUUUCUGGUUUACCUCAUAAUUUCAAAUCAUUAUAGACAGAAAAUGUUUAUAUAAAGCAUACUAUCACGCUACCUUGCAAUUUAACAUAGCAGAACAAGGACUGUAAAUACAGAGUCCAGGCAAUGAAUAGCAGGAUGCAGAAGAGGUAGAAAUGCCUAGUUUUAUAUGAUGUGAGAUAGAUGGUUUCUCAAUUUAGUGUGAUAUUAAUGGUGCUUCUAUUCUUAAAUUUGGGUCACAGAUGUAGUCUGACUGGCAAUAUAAACUUGGAACAUUUUCCAUUCCAGAAGAAAAGAAAUAACUAUCUCAUGGGGCUAUUGUGAAAACACUAAGUGCUAUUGAGUGAUUGAAAGAAAUGUUAAUCUAACCUGUUGUGUGCUUUUCCUAAAGUAUACAAAGAAGCAAAGCACUCCAGUAGCAACUGUGGGUACCUCUGCCCAAAAUGGUUAACCUGAGUCCAAUUGUGAGGUAACUGGGGAUUUUCUAAAAAGUAAAAUGUAAAUAAUGUUUUAAUCCUCCUGAACCCACCUCCAGAUACAUUUUUACAGGACUUUUAAAUACCUUGAAAGAUGUACAUAUGAAUUCAGACCUUCCCUCUGUUUCCCUGGAAUUUCACCAGUGGGAGAAUCUUUCAAAUUAAUAAUAAUAAUCCCUUUUAUUUCCUACUCCAUAGGUUAAAAAACUACUGAAUCCCCCUUUUUUUUUAAAAUCUAUAUAUUUGUAUCUCACAGGAAAAUAAGAUGGUAGAAAAACAUGAUCGGUAAAGAGCCUAUUUUAAAGCCCAUGUUUUAAAAGCUCAGUUGGUUUGAAUGUUUGUUUUAACUCUUUUGCAUUUUUCCCCCAACUUUUUAUUUUGAGAGCUUUCAAAACUAGAGAAAAGUUGCAGGAAUAGUUAACCAUGAAUACCUGAAUACCCUUCAACUAGAUUCAAGAAUUAAUAACAUUUUUCUACAUUUGUUUUAUCUCUCUGUAGAUAAAAAUAUUUUGCUGACCGUUUGAGAGUUAGUUGUAGACACAAAGACUCAUCACCCCUAAAUACUUUAGCAUGUAUCUCCUGAGAAGAUCCUAUCAUGAUGUUUUCCUACUGCAAUUGCGCAAUAAUGAUCACACUUAGGAAAUUAAAAAUUGACAAAAUAGAAUAUUCUAAUAUGAAGUCAAAAUUUCCCAACUGUCCAAUAAUGCCCUUUUCAGUUUUGGGGAAUUACUAUUUUAUUUUAAAUCCAGAAUCCAACCCAGGAUCAUCAUUACAUAUACUGUCAUGUCUCUAUAAUCUCCUUUUAUGUUUUGUGAUUGACAUUUUUGUAGAGUCCAGGCCAGUUGUUUUGCAUAACAUCCUUCACUUUGGAUUUGCCUGGUGGUUACAGACUGUGGGGAGGAAAAAGGGUGCCAUGCUAAUUAUUACUUGGGUCUCCUGCUUUACCAUGAGAUGGAACUUUCUAUCUCAUUCUCCAGGAAAGAAACUGGGAGGUUAUAAUGGUGACCAACUCACUAUUCUCUUGCCUCUUUCAGGGGUUGCUGUAUAGGAUUCUGAUUUCCUCUUAGGCAAGUGAGUCCUGGAAGCAACCUCUUGGCACACUCGCCUCUUUCUUGUCCAGAUCAGGGAUGACAGUACUGGAAUUAGGAGUGCAUAGCAGUUCUUGGCAUUAGGCUCCUGUUUCUACCAAUUUGACAUCGUACAUGGCUACUGACGGCAAUGCUCUUCAGGUUCCCUUGCGUCAGAAGCCGAGGAGAAGUCAAGGAUACCUCACAAUGAGUCGGCGGAGGAUAUCAUGUAAAGAUCUGGGACAUGCAGACUGCCAAGGGUGGCUCUAUAAGAAAAAAGAAAAGGGAAGUUUCCUAAGCAACAAAUGGAAGAAGUUCUGGGUGGUGCUGAAGGGGUCGUCGCUGUACUGGUACAGCAGCCAAAUGGCAGAGAAAGCCGAUGGAUUUGUCAAGCUGCCGGAGUUCCUGGUGGAAAGAGCAGCUGAAUGCAAGAAAAAGCAUGCUUUUAAGGUUAGCCAUCCGCAGAUCAAGACCUUCUAUUUUGCAGCUGAGAACUUGCAGGAAAUGAACGUGUGGUUAAAUAAACUUGGAUUAGCUGUAAUCCAUCAUGUUUCCACAGCAAAGGAUGAAGAAUGCUACAGUGAAAGUGAGCAGGAAGAUCCUGAAAUAGCGGUGGAGUCACCACCCCUUCCUUACUCAUUGGAGACUCCAGCUCCUUUGGAUGCACGGCAAGCAUCUUCAUCCCCAUCCAGAUCGAGUGAAACAUCGUGUUCUUUCUCUUCCCUGGAAGAUACAUCCAGCAGUUUUUCUUCCUCCUUAUCUAAGGAAAGACAGUCCUGGCUCGACACUGGUAGCAUUUCUUCUGCUGCCGAAUAUGUGGGACAACCUCUAACAUUUGCCGUGCAGGUUCAUUCACCUGCACCCUCCAAUGCAAGCAGUUGCCAGGCUCCAGAAAACAGCUUUGCCACAUCAGAAAGUGGAUUUUUGAAUUCUUUAUCAAGUGACGACACUUCUUUGUUGAGUAGCAACCUAAACCAUCUUACUGUUCCAGAUAAGCCUACUGGAUCAAAGAGGUUGGACAGAGGUAAACAAGAAGAAACGAAAGUGUCUGAUGAUGAUGAGAUGGAGAAGCUCUAUAAAUCGCUAGAGCAAGCUAGCUUAUCUCCUCUUGGGGACCGAAGACCCUCCACCAAAAAGGAAUUGAGAAAGUCCUUCGUUAGGCGGUGCAAAAAUCCAUCCAUAAAUGAGAAACUUCACAAAAUCCGAACCUUGAAUAGCACGUUAAAGUGUAAGGAACAUGACCUGGCCAUGAUCAACCAGUUGCUGGAUGAUCCGAAGCUGACGGCCAGGAAAUACAGAGAAUGGAAAGUGACAAACACCCUACUCAUUCAGGACAUCUAUCAGCAGCGAGCCACGUCUGCCCCUGAAGCCAACCCCCGGGACCCUGAGAAUCAACUACCUUCCUCUGCCUGUGUUGAAAGUUCUAUUUGAGAACAAGCCAGAAUUCUCUCCCCUUAGGUGUUAUCUCAUGCAACACUUAAAGAUGUUGCAAGAGCUUACAUGCUUUUCUUAAAAGGAAAAUGGAAACCCAGUUCCUCAAGCAUCAGCUCCCCUCUAAAGAUGCAACUUAGGUGAAGCCAUUCACCAAAUACAUUGGGACUCCGCGUUCCGUGUACAAAGCAUCCAUCGAGAUCGGCGUGAUUUCAUUCAUUCGAACAAAAAUUUUUGUGUUCCCGCUGGGAGCUCAGGUUAUGCUAGGUUCUAGGUGGGAUGUGAGAAAUGAAUUUUCUGCUCCUUGCUGUUAAGAUAAUUACACCAUUCUACGGACAAAAGAUAAAAUUUUACCAGGGGUAAUUGUUCACAGAAAUAUUCUGUUUCACAAAAGAAGGAUAUACAUAUUUUCUGCUUGGUUAGGUAGCUGAGUUCUCCAACUCUCUCUCUCUCUCUGUGUUUUUGGGCUGGAAGGAUGCUUUCUAAAGCAGCAACUGGAGUGGGACAAGCGUGGAAUUGUGGAACAAAAUCCCCUGCCUCUGGUUACAGAACAGUGGCGCUUUGCUUGUGGACACAUACUUCACAGAGAGAGGAUUGUGGGAGAGCCCACGAAGGAGGUGCAUUCUGUAGUCCACUCAGUCAAAGGACAACGUGGUGUUUUCACACUUGACCCAGGUGGGGCAAAUCUGAUCAAUAUUUCCUUUCCACAAGACAGCUGGAGAAGAGUAUCCCGUUACGCCUGGAGACUUCUGCUCUCUCCUAGCUUUUCCAAGCAAUGGGAGGAGAUGGCAAGUCUAGUAGGAAUUGGUUGCUGCUUUUGUCCUUGGCUGUGGUACCUCUACACAGUGUAAACUUACAGCCAGGUCCCCUGGGAUCAAUACUGAAAGGAUGACGAUGGGCAUUUAAAUGGUUUUAAUAUCUUUACUCCAAAAAACAACAGAGUUAAAACACGAUUGUUUUAUUUUUGUAUGGUUAUGUGUCAUUUGUGUCCUAUGUGAAUAGAUAGCUAUCUAUUAUAUGUUUAUUUAAGUAUAUUUAUAGAAGUUCAAAUUACUAGUGUUUUAAAAGAUGAUAUACUAUUAUAUGUUUUGCUCAGUAUAUAUUCUCGAAGUAUAUUCUUUUUGCUUGAGAAAAUAGAGAUAGUAUUGGUUCACUGGAGUUAUUAUGUUGCACUGUAAUGUAUGAGGAAUGCCCAGGAAAUCUUUUGGGGUAAAUAUGGGGGCAUGCAUUAACAGUCUUUGAUUUUCUGCUUUGUAUCUCUCCCUCUCUCCCUUUCUUUUUCUCAACCCAGAGCUCUUAGAUUUCUCUCCUGGUUUUAAGUCACUCUUUUAACCAGAAAAGGACUUUCAUCUCAGGUUAGCCCUUCUUUUAAAUCCACUUUCUUUUAAGCUUUAUGUCGUUAAACCAAAAGAAACAAACCAAAACCCUAAACCAAAUGAAGCAUAACUAAGAUAGUCUUUUGACUCAGGGCUAAUAGAAAUUUGGGGGUCCAUUGUUAAAGAGGAGAUCAUUUUGUUAGAGAAACAAUAUGGACUUCUUCACUUACUAAUCACCAUGAAUAUUUCUCACCAUAAGAAUAACCGCAACCCACUAAAAACCCAUUUUGGCAAAUUGUCAACGGAACACACAUUGUUUUGCAUCAUGGAAGUGUGGCUUGACAUUCAAAUUGAAAUAACCCUCUGAAUUUCAUCUGCAAACUAAACAAAUAUUUGUUGAAUAUUACCCCAGUUUUACUAAGAAGUAUUACUGUUCUGUAAACAAAAAACAAUCUUCACAUUAAGAAAGAAAAAAACAGGAAGCAAGUUGCAGUAAUAGAAGCCUCUGGCCUAAGAGGCCAUCUCAGUAGAGUUGGCCCAGCACUCGUUAAACCAAGUGGAAAGUACUGGGUGGGGUCUCGGGCCAACAGAAGACAGGGGUCCCCCCCCCUCCAGGUUCUCCACAGGAAAGAAGUAACCAUUUCACUCCCCAGCUUGGAUCCUGAUGUUUCUGGCUAAAGAGACCAAUGUUUUAAGCUUUCCAGUCUGGAAAUUAUCAUGGAUUCUUUCUGUGAUUAGCAGCUAUUGAAAGGUUGAUUGUUUAGGAUUCACAAUGUUAAUCAAGUGUUGAGGGAAUAAGAAAUAAUAAUGGAAGGAAAUAAUAAUAUGACUUACAACAUUCUAGCUUUUUUUCUCUUUGGUUUGCAACACCAGCUUAGAGACUCCUAAACAGUUCUUACUCAACUGAAGAUCUCGGAAAACUUUUGACCAAAGCUUGCAAAUACACUUAAAUGCUUUACUGUGGCUAGUCAUUAAUACACAUUUAACUGACCUUUUAGUAUAAACUCUUUUAGUACCACUCAAAUUUAAAGGCAAAAUAGGUCCCUGAGAUUACUCAACCAAGCCGUUCGAACAGUCACUUUUUAGGGUCAUUUCGAGAAAGUUACUUAGAAUUUUUUCUUUGCCAGUUAAAACUGUCACUUGACACAAACUCCCCAAAUGAAAGUUAAGCGAACUAUGGGAUUCUGUGUCCUUCUCUUCUAGACCAGAAUUGCCCACUUAGUAGUGUUUUCCCCUGUGUAGAUGUUUCUGUUCUCCACUGGAUUGCGUUAGGAAAUAGGGGGUUUUGUCUGAACUCCCAACCUUGGUUGUGGGUACUGAUAGGAGGGUGGGGGGGGGCAGGGGGUUCAUGGGGUUCAGUAUAGAAGAGAUCUGGGUGGUUUCCUCUUGGUCAAAGGUGUGACCGUUGUACCCACACGAUAGCCAGUGAGUCUGUUGACUGUCUGACACAGGCACAACUGCUCCGGAAGGAAGUUGAGAACCUCUGCGUGUAGAUAGGUCCAAACCUGCUUUACCUGUGAGGGAUCAGAACCAGGAGAAGACCCUUCCUUGGGGCUGUGGGGGGAUCAGCCUCUCUCUAUUCUUGUAAGCCUGCAGACCCUGACUUGACACCUACACACUCUGCUGCAUUGUGAUACAAGCUGAACUGGAGGGUCCCCUGCUCCUGGGGCAUCUGUUGCUUUUAAGAAUUCUCAGUUCUGCCCUACCAGUGCAAAUCUCAGAACAGGAUCAAAGGUCUAGAAAGAAUCCUAGAAUACAGGAUGAUUCCAAAGACUCUGGAAGCCUAAGAAGGGGCCUGUGUUUGGAGUCAGAUUUCCAUGUGAAGCCCAUGCCUUAAAUUUGCAUAGCACUCUGUUGUUUGCAGAUUAGCCUAUUUCAUGCCACUGCCCCCAUGGCCUAUGUGGGGUGGUUGUGCAUUGCCAUUACUCAAUUUUACAGAGGGAAUAGACAAGCUUGGAGAAGUGAAGGGGCUGGCCAGUCAGUGGGAGAUCCCAGAUGCUCAGCACCCACAUGGUUCAGCUUAUGGUGCAGAGCCCAUUAGGGACCCAGGCAGUCUGAGCAGAGUGCAUAUUCCAUCGCCCUGAAAUCUGCACCCCACGUAAGUGGCUUUUUGCUACACUGUCCACUGAAACCUGAGGUGGUGAAUCCUUUUACCUCCAACACAGUCUCUAACCUAAUGGCCUGAAGGGAGACUUUCCCUCCUGCUGGAGUGUGAGAAUUGGGGUUUUCACUUUAUCACUCUGUACUUCCUUCCUUUCCUUCUGUAACUUAUCCGACUUCUUAGGUGCAGUGAGACCCCUGGAUGAAAGAGGUCUACUUAGAGAAAUAAUGCUUAUUCUCUUUUUUGCAUCAGGAGGUGUCAGAGACCAAACUUAGUGGGUUGGGGUUAGUCUCUUAACCUUCCUUUCUCAAGUUCUUCUCAUGUACUUUUGAUACUUUCCUCCAGUAGUCUUUAUAUCACAAAGUCACAGAAAUGCAAGAUAAAAGAACAAAUAAAAGAACAGAUAAUUUUAAGACUUAUGAGGAGAGGUGCUAUACAAAUCCAAGCCAUAUUUAAACUUAUGGAUACAUACCUCUUUGUAUGAUACUCUCAUUGAAUAUAUUUCAAUACAGCCACAUAGAUGAUUUAGUGAGCAAUUUAGGUGCAGAGGAUGACUGUCCCAAAGUCACUUUAUAUUGAAAAUCUGCCCUAUUAGUAUGUGAUAUUUGAUUUGGAUUUCCCAGUUGCUUUCCCUUCUAAUUUUUUAUUCUUACCUCAUAAAGAGUUACUGAAGUCUAGAAAUAUGAGAUGACUACCCUAUGUAAUGUUUUGUCAUCCGUAAUUUAAAAUAAAAGCCACUGAAAUUGUAUUUUUACAGCCCAUAUGGAAGUGACUGGGGAGGGGGCAUAAUUCUACCCCUCAGAGAAAGCACCAUCUCUGCGUUGUGAGACAGGAAGCUGUCUCCUUAUCUCCUCUGCACAUCUUUAUAAUUUAUGCCUUCUACCUGACACCCUUCCCCAUCCUCCUACGGUGCCACAUAGAAAACAUUGAAAAAGAGAUUCUACGUUUUCUUAAAAAUAGUUUUACAUUCUCUUGCUGUAAGGGGCUUAGCUGCUCUGUGUUGCAAUUCUUUACCUUUAGUCCAAAGGGGAAGCAUGCUCCAGGGAGACAUUUGACAUCGUAUAUAAGAACCAGGUUGUUUAAUCACCAUGUAUUUAAACAUCCAUGCAUGAUGGGGAUGGGAUCUUAGCAUUGCAUGGUGUUUUGGGGCAAGAUUUCAAUGUGAAAACGAUACUUUACAUUGUAUUGUGCUUUAUCCUUUGCCAACUACCCUUGUUCACUAAACUGACAAGGCAUGGUUCAUUUCUCCUGCUUUGUGUUUCUGAGGUUGACUUAUAAGAUAGAAAUAAAACCAAGAGAAAAUCUGUUUAGUAAAAUGACAUGGAAAACAUUUUGGAGUAUACUACUGGUGUUCAUUUGCUGCCUUGCAAUAUUUCUUCCUCAGGGAGAAACCUCUCUGGGAAGUGUAUAAUGGCUGCACUUUUAUCUUCUGCAAAGGUUAUAGUGCCCUCUGGUGGCACUCACAAAGAUAGUUGUUUUGGAGAGUCUAUUGAUAUUUUCAUUGUUUAAAUAAAAGGUGUAACUAUA